CUCUCUGCCCUGGACCACACUGUUUAGUGGAGAGCACCCUCUCUUCAGCUGCGCUCUGCGUUCAAUGCCAAGAAUUUGGUUGUAGGUUUCUGGAAAUGGCUAAUUUUACCUUCCAGAUCAACAAUCAGCAAACAUACAUGGAGAAUUAAUUUUAUUUACAUUGUUUUACACACCUGGACAAUUUUCCUUUUAUAAUUCUGCUGAAGUUGGUUGGUUGGUUUUAGAGAGGCUGUUGAACCCUCUGCAGGAGGCACCGUCUCCGCCCUGCCGUCUCCCAAACCCCAGGCCAGCACCCCAUGCUCAGAGGCAGACUGCCGGCCGCACACAUGUCCUCCGUCAUCGCACCCGCCAAGCCCUCCAGCAGCAUGGGCCCUAAAGAGGUGGAGCUGAUCCUGGUAAAGGAGCAGAACGGGGUGCAGUUCACCUCCUCCGCCCUGGUCACCUCCACCGGCCAGACUCACCCGUCCGGCGAGCAGCGCGAGACCUGGGGCAAGAAGAUCGACUUCCUGCUGUCCGUCAUCGGCUUCGCUGUGGACCUGGCUAACGUGUGGAGGUUCCCCUACCUCUGCUACAAGAACGGUGGAGGUGCCUUCCUGGUGCCCUAUCUUCUGUUCAUGGUGAUUGCUGGAAUGCCGCUGUUCUACAUGGAAUUAGCUCUGGGUCAGUAUAACCGGGAAGGAGCUGCAGGAGUCUGGAAGAUCUGUCCGGUCUUUAAAGGUGUGGGCUUCACAGUGAUCCUCAUUUCUCUCUACGUGGGUUUCUACUAUAACGUGAUCAUCGCCUGGGCUCUGUUCUACCUCUUCUCCUCCUUCUCGGGCGAGCUGCCCUGGGUCAACUGCAACAACACCUGGAACAGCGCCAACUGUUCCGACCUGAACGCCACCUUACUGAACGAUUCCCACAAGGUCACCCCCGCCUUGGAGUACUUUGAGCGUGGGGUGCUGCAUAUGCAGGACAGCAGGGGGAUUGAUGAUCUAGGUUUGCCGCGGUGGCAGCUCACUUGCUGCCUGGCCGUGGUCAUCGUGGUUCUCUACUUCAGCCUCUGGAAGGGAGUCAAAACCUCCGGGAAGGUGGUGUGGAUCACUGCGACCAUGCCCUAUGUAGUCCUGACUGUUCUGCUGCUCCGUGGUGUCACCCUGCCUGGAGCCAUCGAUGGCAUUAAAGCAUACCUGAGUGUGGACUUCCUUCGUCUGUGUGAUGCUCAGGUUUGGAUCGAGGCUGCCACGCAGAUAUGCUUCUCUUUAGGAGUGGGGUUUGGUGUGCUAAUCGCCUUCUCCAGCUACAACAAAUUUAGCAACAACUGCUACAGAGAUGCCAUCAUCACCAGCUCCAUCAACUCCCUCACAAGUUUUUUUUCUGGCUUUGUCAUCUUCUCGUUCUUGGGCUACAUGUCUCAGAAACACAACGUGGCCCUCGAUAAAGUAGCUACUGAUGGUCCAGGACUGGUGUUUAUCAUUUACCCUGAAGCCAUAGCCACACUGCCGGGCUCCUCUGUUUGGGCUGUCAUUUUCUUCAUCAUGCUGCUCACACUGGGAAUCGACAGUGCGAUGGGUGGUAUGGAGUCGGUGAUCACGGGACUCAUUGAUGAAUUCAAGUUCCUGCACAGACACAGAGAGCUCUUCACACUCUUCAUUGUGGUCUUGACUUUUCUAAUCUCCCUCUUCUGCGUCACUAAUGGAGGCAUCUACGUGUUUACUUUGCUGGACCACUUUGCAGCAGGAACAUCGAUUCUCUUUGGAGUGCUGAUUGAAGCCAUUGGCAUCGCUUGGUUUUACGGAGUGGACCGUUUUAGUGAUGACAUCCAGGAAAUGAUCGGUCAUCGGCCAGGAUUGUACUGGAGACUCUGCUGGAAGUUUGUCAGUCCCUGUUUCCUCCUGUUCAUGGUGGUUGUCAGCUUUGCAACAUUUAACCCUCCGAAGUACGGAUCCUACUAUUUUCCGACUUGGGCCAACAUGGUUGGAUGGUGUUUGUCCAUCUCCUCCAUGAUCAUGGUGCCGCUUUACGCCAUCUACAAGUUCUGCACCCUGCCAGGAAGCUUCUGUGCUAAACUGGCGUACGCCAUCACCCCAGAGACAGAGCACCACUUGGUGGAGCGUGGGGAGGUGCGGCAGUUCACGCUUCAUCACUGGCUGGUGGUCUGAGUGCAGCACCGUUCUCUGAAAGUGAAGAAACUCUGCCAGCUCUGAUGGGGUCAGGCUGCUGUGUGCCAAACAAACCGUAAAUCUAGUCGUUUCUUUCUUGCGUAAUUGAACAUGUGGUUGUAACGUGAUUUCUCGAUCACAACAUGAUUGACAUUCUGUCAAUAUCAGUUUAAAUCUCAGUAUAAAAUGACUGUUACGAUGGCUGAUGUUGUCUCCCGAUGACUGUUUAUUGUUUACUGAAUUUUACUUUUUUGUGAUUAGAGUACAACCGAGCCUUACUGAUCAAUGUGAUUGAAGUGAUGAAGCUAUAUACUGAAUACGAAUCUAGAACACAUAAAUGCUUAACUAGUGAUAUUACAUGACACACACAUGUGCACACAGAAAUAUGUAUGUAGGCCUAUAAUCUUCUGUGUUAGAAAAAGGUGAAAUUUUAUGAACAGCACAUUUCAAUACAAAUAAAUCCCAAUAGGGUUCAAGUCUGUGAAGCCAUAUAUUCUGUAUUAACUCUGUUGGGAAAAUAGGAUGCAGCACACUCAUGUUCUGGGCCUUUAUUUUAUUUCUGUUACAAAUGUUUUCUGACCUCAAAUGUUUGGUGUGAUUUCUACAGAAACCAGACACCAAAAUCAUGUUAAAUAAAUAUAGAAAUCUGUAACCUUGAAGGUUAUAAAAGGUAUUGGUACUUUUGCAGCUGUUUUGUUUUGUAGAGUACAGUGUUUUAUUUGAAAUCAUAGCGCUGCUAACGUAACUUGAACGGCCAAUGGAAUAUAUCAGUAUACACAGUAUAAAAAUAUAUAUUUAUUCACGAGAACAACUUCUGUUCUUAACAUGUUUGAAAGCUCUUUAUUUAUCCUCUAUAUUGAAACCUUUGAGUGACUGCUGAAAUUUGCCACUCACUGUAAAAAUAUUAAUAAAAAGUUAAUG